GCCAUCUACAAAUGAUUAUUAAAGCAAUGUGCAUAAAUGAGUGAAGAGGCUUGGAUGGAGCCUUGAAUGCUUACUGACCAGGUUAGGGGAAGAUGAAUCCAGGAGGACUGUCCAGAGAGGGAGGAAAACCAGAAGAAAAGAUGCUGGAACCACAGAAUGGCUUGAUUGACCUACCAGAUUAUGAGCAUGUGGAAGAUGAAACUUUUCCUCCUUUCCCACCUCCAGCAUCUCCACAGAGAGAAGAUGGUGAGGGAGCUGAACCUGAUGAAGAGUUAGGGAGAGGAGCACCUGUGCCUGUACCUCCAAAGAGAACAGUUAAACGGAAUAUACCCAGGCUGGAUGCUCAGAGAUUAAUUUCAGAGAGAGGGCUUCCGGCAUUACGGCACGUGUUUGAUAAGGCAAAAUUCAAAGGUAAAGGCUAUGAGGCUGAAGACUUGAAAACGCUAAUCAGACACAUGGAGCAUUGGGCACAUAGGCUAUUCCCUAAACUGCAAUUUGAGGAUUUUAUUGACAGAGUUGAAUACCUGGGAAGUAAAAAGGAAGUUCAGACUUGUUUAAAACGAAUUCGACUUGACCUCCCUAUUUUACAUGAAGAUUUUAUUAAUAAUAAUGAUGAAGUAAGAGAAAAUAAUGUACAUGAUGUAACUGCUACCGAAUCAGAUCCCUUUUUGACAAGCUCAUUGGAAAGUGAGAAGUUUGCUUCUGAGUCAAGUAGAAGCCUAACGGAAGAACAACAACAGAGAAUUGAGAGAAAUAAACAACUGGCCUUGGAAAGGAGGCAGGCAAAGCUACUGAGUAAUAGUCAGUCCCUCGGAAAUGACUCGUUAGCGAGCACACCCGGGGCAGAGACCAUUGAAGAGGUUAAUACAGGGGAAGAUCAAGAGGAGGAGUCAUCAAACAGAUUUGACAAAGACAUUUUUGACAGUCCACACAAUGAUGCUGCUGCCAAUGCUGUAAAUGAAGAGGAGGAAUUAAAAAUAGAGAAAACACAACUGGACCAAUCCUUUUAAAAUGUAUAGUGGUAACUUUAUGCUUUAUCUGGGAAUGUCACUGAAGUUGGACAGGCCUCAACUAAGAGAAAAGCUGUUAACUUGCUUUCCUCUAAGUUUUAGAUUACUAUGUGUUUUGUCUACUUGGUGUGAAAAUCCUCAUGUAGUAAGACUUUCACAGAUUCCUGUUUAAAAUCUGGUAUUAAAAUUAUACUCGUUUCUUA